CUACAUGCUAAACUCUUUAUUUAGCUUCUUUUAUUUAUUAGCAAUGUAGUUCUGUAAUUUAUUUUUAUUUAUUUAAUUUUACUUAUCAACUUUAUUUGAAUAUGUAAAAAACUAUUUCAAUCUAAGAUAGAAUAUAAUUACGACCUAAUAUUACUCUUUACAUAUUGUUACACUGUUUUGAUAAAAUGGAGCAAUAACAUCAACAACAAUAAAUAAGUAAAGCCAUAUUAUUAAAACAUUUAAAAUAUAAAAGUGAUACUUAAGGCAACAGUUGGAUUGUUUUUGCAAACAAAAGAUUUUUGUUUUUUUUUAUAUUGGCCCUGCUGUCCUUACAGCAAGAGGGAAGGACAGCAGGGGAGGGGCGAGGAGGUAUGGUCAGGCCUCAAUGUCACGGUAGGCCUUUGCUACAGUCAUGGCGGUGAGCACUGGAGAGCAGCAGCAUGUGGAGCAAGUUUAAAGAGAGAAAACAGGUUUGAUAGUAACAAUGAAAACAUCUAUAAGGAGAAGAAGAGUUCAACCUCAACAUGACGCAGAAUACUAUAUUAAGCUGAAAAUUGACAAGACUGGUCUAACAGAACAGUUCAUCAACCCAUGCAAAGGUCGUGGUGUAAUUGCCACACAGCUUUUCAAACAGGGAGAUUUUAUCCUUGAAUACCGUGGAAAGCUUUCUAAAGUGGAUCCUUACCUUCAAAGAGAUAAAUUCAAUGAUACAGUGGAAGUUUUUUUGUUUGAUUUCAAAUGGAAAGGGACCUGCUGGUGCAUUGAUGCUUCUAUUGAAGACAAGUCACUGGGACGACUAGUGAACGAUGACCACCGAAGGCCUAACUGUAAGAUGAAAACAGUUGAAGUUGAAGGGAUACCACAUCUUUGCCUGUUUGCCCUCCGAGACAUUGAACCAGGAGAAGAAAUAACUUAUAACUACGGAAAAGCUGAUUGGCCUUGGCGCAAGAUGGACAAAUCUUCUACUCCUGAAGUCAGCAACCAAACUGGCAAUGAUGAACACCGCCAUCAGGAGAAAUCUUCUUCCCCUGAAGUCAGCAACCAAACUGGCAAUGAUGAACACCGCCAUCAGGACAAAUCUUCUACCCCUGAAGUCAGCAACCAAACUGGCAAUGAUGAACAUCACGAUCAGGAGAAAUCUUCUUCCCCUGAAGUGAGCAACCAAACUGGCAAUGAUGAACACUGCGCUCAGGACAAAUCUUCUUCCCCUGAAGUCAGCAACCAAACUGGCAAUGAUGAACACCGCCAUCAGGACAAAUCUUCUUCCCCUGAAGUGAGCAACCAAACUGCCAAUGAUGAACACUGUGCUCAGGAGAAUCUUCUACCCUGA